AUGGUUGCUUUUGGGGCUGCUUCAUUUAUCCAGGGAAUUAAAAAAUUGACAGAAGUAGUUGAACUCUUUCAGGGAGGCCAGUUCGGUUAUGCAUCUAUUUACGGAGAGUUACCAAAGUUCAACUUGAAGGCAGGAAAGCAGACUCUGCCAGCCCCAUUUGUAGCAUCAGAAAAGCCAUGGGAGACCAUAUUUAGUGGAUCAUCUCAUAGCCUUCCUCCUCUGACCAAAUUAUUGAUGUCUGCUGCAUUUAUUCAAGCUAUUGAAGAGUCUACAUGUUUCAAAGUGUCUUCAAAACUAUUGAAGGCAGGUUUGAAUUGUCAAAACCUUUUCCAAAAGGACAUUUUCAGUGCAAUCGGGUGGAUUCCCGAUGCCAAGAAAAUGAAUUCCUUAGCUAUUCCUUACAAUCAAUGGACUUAUAAGGAGAACCAAAUUGGGUUCAUUGUCAUGUACUCGCUAACCUUCUUUUUUGCCAAUUUUGAUCCAAACACAACAACUUUUGUUGUCCCCACUGAGAUUUUCCUUGCAAGGCUACGAUCUACGUGUCAUGGCAUAUCAGCAGCAUCUGGGAAAGCUGGGGCAAUUGUUGGGGCAUUCGGGUUCUUAUAUGUAGCUCAGAAUCAGGACCCAACUAAGACAGAUAAAGGGUAUCCACCGAGUAUUGGUGUGAGGAAUGCGCUCAUGGUUCUUGGCAGAGUCAAUUUCUUGGUUAUGGUGUUUACGUUCUUGGUGCCUGAAUCGAAAGGAAAAUCAUUGGAGGAAAUGUCUUAA